UUAGUCCCGGUUUUCUGAUUCCGGUCGCGAAACUCGAGAAAGAUGGGCUCGUCGCAGUUGUUCGUUGGAAUUUCGUUAGUAAUCGCGGCGUUGACCCCUGUGGAAAGUGCCGUCAGUCAGGAACAAAUGGAGAAAAUUGCCAAGAGUAUGCGGAACGCAUGUCUGCAAAAGAUCGACACGACCGAAGAGCUAGUCGCAGGAAUAAAAAGGGGAGAAUUCCCGGACGAUCCUAAUCUCGAGUGUUACACGCACUGUAUCAUGAAGACGAUGAGAAGCUUCAAAAACAAUGAAAUCGACUUCAAGAUGGUAAUGAAACAAAUAGACGCGUCGAUGCCCCCUGACAUGGCGCCACGAGUGAAGGCCGCGGUGAGGCUGUGCAAAAACAGAGAGUACGACACUGAACCGUGCAAAAUGACCUACCAAUACACGAAAUGCGUCUACGAAGCGGACCCAGAAGUGUUUUUCUUUCCGUAAGCGAACGAAUGUGCAACCAAACAGUCGCUACACGAAAUCGUUUUCAGAAAACAAGAACCUCACGGAAGAACCAACCGAACGAUAACCAUAUUAGCUUUGUACAUUUAUUUUUAUGAAAUACA